CUGCGCUGUGCUGAGUGUCGUCUACCACUUUGCCAAGCCAUACCACCAACACCUACUCACAAGAAUCUGUCGCCAUGGCGGAGGCUCUGGGUCUCGUAUCCAGCAUCAUCGCUGUCGUCGGAGUGGCAGGUAAGCUUGGAACAAGCGCCCUCAAGCUGAAGCGCCUCUGGGACGAGGUGCAAGAUGUGCCCGAGCAGAUCCAGCUCUGCAUUGAACAGCUGGAAAUGCUUGCGCCCGCACUGCAAGAAAUGGAAUCCGAGUUCCAGCGAACGCGCAACAUGGUUGACCAUGAUAGCGCUGGGAAGCUCAGCUUGAAAUAUUGUCAAAAGGCGACGGCGUGCCUGGAGGGGAUGGUACAGGACAUGCAGCAGCAGAUUGAGUCGGCCCGGAAGGGCAAGAGAACCCUUGCACGACUCAAGAUAAGGCUUAAAAAGGGCGUCGUCGAAGAGCAUCAAAAGCGACUUCAAUCUGCGCUGCAGUUUCUGUCGCUAUCACAGCAGACGUAUUUGAUUGCUUUGACGAGGAUGCAGCCAUCACUUAUGAUUUCCGAGUUCCGAGCAUUAAGAGCAGAGGAGCGCACCGAAGAGGGCCGACUGGAAGUCGCUUCCAGAAUCAAUAUUGUCGAGGAACAAGUCGAAUCCCAACAACUGGACGACACUGGUUGCGUGAAUAAUGAGGCUUCUCUUACCAUUCUCGGUACGGGUAAACAACGGACUCAAGAAAAACCAUCAUUCGCCAUUAAGAGUAUUCCGUGGCGAAGAUCAAUGUUCCCAUGCACCUUUUCUUAUCAAGAAACUGAGGUGGACGCUAAGUCUGAGUCUAUCGCGGGCUCUGGCAAGAUAAGAGUCCACCAAGCCCGAAUUCAGUUCCCACUGUGGUUAUUAAAGAAGGCCUGGGACUUUCAAGCCUUCCAGGCGUCCCAUGGAUGGACAUUCCACCUGAAGCCUUGGAUCACUCGUCCAGAAGAUAGCCAAGCUUUUGAAUAUGUGAAGCAAGGGCGGUCGGAUUUGCUGCUCCAAGCGUUCGAAAGGAACGAGGCCUCAUUAUACGAUCGCCACCCAUCUGGAGAAACACUGCUUGGCCUUGCAAUUGGAUAUCUUCAGCCAGAACUUAUGAGUAUAUUAAGUACUAUGGGGCUGAAGGUUAGUGACGUCUCCGAAUACGCAAUUAUGAGGUGUAUCCUGAAAAAUGUGUUCUUUGGACCAAAGAUGAGAAUUGAAUUGAAAUUAUUCAGAAUUUGGUCUAACGAGGAUGGAUUCAGUCACGAGUUCGACAACCUGGGCAUGAGGGAAGGCAGAUCAUUCUAUCAGUGGUUCCUGAGGAUCGUGCCAUGGCGCAGUCCCGGAGUUUUGGAUCUUAUCCUCGACACAAAUUUCCCGCAUCACGGCCGACUAAUACCCAACUCUUGGUUUUCAUUCCUUCCAUGGGCCUCUCUUGACCCGCAGCUGCUCCUGGGAAUCCUGGAGCGGGAUCGCUGUGUUUCGCCGGCGGUGUUCCGAGCGCAGGUGGGAAAUGAUAUCACGUGGUUUUUGUGCUCAUAUUUACGGGCAGUUUUCGACAAAUCGAGUGACGAAGUGCGGGAAUGGCGUUCACUAGCAAGGUGGCUGUUUACUGGGGCUUCUGCGAGUGAAGUGACCGCAGCUCAAGGUACGGCCACGGAUAAUCCACUGCUCUCUGAUGCGUUGGAAAAGUACUGGAGAUCCAGGUUUGUCUUUUUUUGCCCGAGCUGUCGUCAAAUAACAAAAGCCAUUUCCAUGUGGUUAGAAGACUUGGCUGAGGUGGGUGUGGACAUUGAAGAAUACAUUAAGCAAGAGAUCGGAAUCGGCCGAGGUGUGCAAGACAGUGGAAUAGGAACUCAGAUUCCACAACCGAUACGCUUCCGCAUGUCAAGACCAUCGCUCGUUUUGAUGGAGCGCGGAUCAUGCCCAAAAGAUUGGAGAUUCGAGUGGGAUCCUGAGUUGGAGACCUUGGUAGGAGAGUUCUGGAGGCUUGUGGAUGAUCCGCAGUGGCAAGUGGAAACACCAGGACCCAUGCCAGGAGCGUGGCCAGAUGACCGAGAGGAAAAAGCAUUGCAAAACGAAGAAUGUGAAAUGAUCAUCUGGAUGAGAAUCUUCCCAAUAUGCAUAGAUAUUUUUCUUGGAAAAUAUACCUGACUAGGAGAGAAGCGGCCGAGUUGUCUCACGCGGAGGGGGAUCUAGUCGUUCCGCGCCAUAGUGUUGUAUGGUGGUGUUAAUAAAUUGGUUAUGGAAGCUAAAAA